UUUUGUUUUCAAAUUUCAUGUGGUGAGUAAAGGCGCGAUUUUGCUAAUUUCGUGAGUUCAUUUUCGUAUUCUGCGAUUUGUAAUUUCCUAUAUUUGCUAGAAUUUCUAAUUAACUACUAAUCAAUCUUUAAAAUGUGGUCGGAUGCUGAUUUUUCCGUCGCUGGUGGUGGAGGUGGCUUCGACACAUCGAACCUCCAAAGUCAAAGCGCCGCUCCUGCAGCAGAUAACAAGAAGAGACAUUCAUCGGUAGUUCCUGUGGCGAUAAAACAAAUACUUGACAGUCCAGAAGAUCAAUUGCAGAUUGCUGGUUUACCUGUAACGAUGAUGCAAGUCGUUGGCAUAGUUAAAGCUAUUGCUAUUAGUACUACCAAGAUCCAAUACACCAUUCAAGAUUGGAGCGGUAUCAUCGAGGGAAUGUUAUGGUUAGAAGGAGACAACGAUUCUAAAGGGUCGAAUGUUACUGAAAAUAUGUAUUGCCGAAUGACCGGUACUCUCAGAAGGAACGACAACCAAAAGGUUCUUUUUGUCUACAACAUACGCCCGAUUGAGAAUUUAAGCGAACUUUCGUACCACUAUUUGCAAGUGAUACACAUUCCGUUGAAAGCCGAAGAGCAAAGGCAGGUGCAGAUACCGGAAGAUAAUAAUUCUGAGGCUCCGGUUAACAAUGGAAUGAAUCUAACUGCAGCACAGAAUAAAGUUUAUCGUGCUAUUCAAACGGCGAAAACGGAUGCAGGCAUGCAUAAAAAUGAAAUCUCUCAUAAUGUUAAAAUUCCCGCUCCCGAAUUGGAUAAAAUAAUCGAGUUCCUUAUUGACGAAGGCCAUAUUUAUGCGACGAUCGAUGAUUUUCAUUACAGAGCUACCGAUGCUUAGUACAAUUUACGAAAUUAUCCAGUAUUCAGAUAAUAUAAGCGACCUUAUGCUCUUGUACUCAUCAAUUACUAUUCAUUCCAAAUCCCGAGUUGUUUCAUAAAAUGAACCAUCUAUCGUCCUCUUGGUAUAAACUUGGUACUGAUGAUAUCAUGAGAAGUGUACCUUUUCUCGAACGUACAACAUCAAUAAUGUAAUUUCGAUAAGGUUGAAAUCUUAAAAAUUUUGAGCUUUUGUUUCAGUCUUCUUUCUACCCAUGAACUUUUAAUUUCCGAAAUCUGCUUUCUUCAACGUUUAUUAUUGUAUUUUCGAAAAAAUGUCAUUUAUGAUUUUCUAUAGAAGUCUUCUGGCAUCUCUUUCUUUGUGAUAAUUAAUUCCUGAGUACUUUGUUCUUCAUUUUUGUAUAUAUUGUUUUUAAUAGUAUGUAAUUGUUUCGUUUUUCUCAAGAAAUUUCUCAUUCUGUAUUCAAAAUAAGUUUAUAUACGUAAGUGAAUUGUAUGCUCCUAUUCAUUUAUUACAAUUCUUUAAAACGA